AAUUACAAGCCUCAGCUCAGCAGUUUCCGGAGGAGGCAUAAUCACAGGACAGGCAAGGCCGCUGAGCUGACUGCAUCAGAGAGAUUGCAGUCGAAUCUGCUGCUCGCCAGUUGUCCCUAGGGACACCUGUGAAGGGUGACGUGAAGACGGCUUUUAAGGUGGAGGCCUCCUGAGCAAUGUUCUUACUACAAGGCGCACAGAUGCUGCAGAUGCUGGAGAACUCCUUGAGGAAGAGCCUCCCGGAAUCCUUAAAGGUUUUUGGGACUGUCUUCCACAUAAAUCAUGGAAACCCAUUCAACCUUAAGGCCCUGGUGGACAAGUGGCCUGAUUUUAAUACAGUGGUUGUCCGUCCUCAGGAGGAGAAUAUGAGAGAUGACCUUGACCACUAUACCAAUACAUACCACAUCUACACCAGGGACCCCAAAAACUGUCAAGAACUCCUUGAUUCUCCAGAUGUCAUCAACUGGAAACAGCACCUGCAGAUUCAAAGCUCACAGGCCAGCCUGAAUGAGGUGAUACAAAAUCUUUCAUCCAUUAAAUCUUUCAAAAUCAAGCGUUCAGAAAGCUUUCUGUAUAUGACAUCUGGGACUAUCAAGAAACUGAUUCCUUCCCUGCUAGAAGGAAAGAAUUUAUCACCCAGUGGUGGCAAGCCCAAGGCCAUCAACCAAGAGAAGUUCAAACCCUUAUCCUUGGAUGUUGCCCAUGCUUCCUUGGUGAACAAAUUCUGGUAUUAUGGUGGUAAUGAGAGGAGCCAAAGAUUCAUUGAGCGCUGCAUCCGGACCUUCCCCACCAGUGGUCUACUGGGGCCUGAGGGAAACCUUGUGUCCUGGAACCUGAUGGACCAGACUGGAGAAACACGAAUGGCAGGCACCCUACCUGAGUACCGGUGCCAAGGCCUCGUCUCCUAUGUUGUCCAUGCUCAGGAGGUGACUAUGGAGAAACUUGGCUUUCCCGUCUAUUCUCACACAGACAAGACUAACAUAGCUAUGCAAAGAAUGAGUGACACUCUGCACCAUCUCCAAAUGCCCUGUGACUGGAACCAGUGGAUCUGCAUGCCUGUGUGAAGUCAGCCCUGAAUUCAAGAUUUGGGUAGUUCUAAACAUUCAACUGGAAGAGUGGAUAGGCAGUGAAAAGAAUAAAUAAAUCAUAGCAAUCAGUAAA